AUGGCCCAAGGAAGCCAGCAAAUUGAUAUUCAGGUUUUACAUGACCUGCGACAGAAGUUUCCUGAGGUACCUGAAGGUGUUGUGUCCAGAUGCAUGUUACAGAAUAACAAUAAUUUGGAUGCCUGCUGUGCAGUUCUCUCUCAGGAGAGCACAAAGUAUCUCUACGGUGAAGGAGACCUAAGUUUUUCGGAUGAUUCUGGGAUUCCUGGACUACGAAAUCACAUGACAUCUCUUAAUUUGGAUUUGCAGUCACAGAACAUCUAUCACCAUGGAAGAGAAGGAAGUAGAAUGAAUGGAAGUAGGACUCUAGCUCACAGUGUUAGUGAUGGACACCUUCAAACCAGUCAGUCCAACAAUGAACUGUUCCAGCAGGAACCACAGACAGCACCUGCGCAGGUUCCACAAGGAUUUAAUGUCUUUGGGAUGGCUAAUACAGUUAGUGCUUCUAAUCCAGGGCAGCAUCUUGGAUUUCACCUAGGCAGCAAAGGAGUAUCUAACUUGUCUCAACAAACACCCAGAUUCAACCCUAUUAUGGUAACUUUAGCCCCAAACAUUCAGCCUGGUCGCAAUACCCCAACGUCUUUGCACAUACAUGGUGUACCUCCUCCUGUACUUAACAGUCCCCAGGGAAAUUCUAUCUAUAUUAGGCCUUACAUCACAGCUCCUAGUGGUACUCGACAGACACAGCAGCAGCCAGGCUGGGCAUCUCAGUUUAAUCCCAUGCACCCUCAGCAAGUGUACCAGCCUUCUCAGCCAAGUCCCUGGACUACUAUUCCUACAUCCAGUACUACGCCACAUACCUCAUCGCAACACUCAACACAGCCAAACCAGCAAGGCCACCAGACUUCUCAUGUGUACAUGCCUAUCAGUUCUCCUACUACUCCACAAGCACCUAUGAUUCAUUCAUCUGGUAGCUCACAAUCUUCUGCUCAUAGCCAAUACAACAUUCAGAAUAUAUCCACAGGACCUCGCAAAAAUCAAAUUGAAAUCAAACUUGAACCGCCACAAAGAAACAGUUCUUCUAAGUUGCGUUCAACUGGCCCUCGCACCUCCACUGUUCCCUCUUCCCUCAACAGCCAGACAUUAAGUAGAAGUCAGCCCACUGUUUACAUAUCGGCCAGUCCUCCAAAUACUGAUGAAGUGAUCACACGUGGUCAGCCCAAGGUCUACAUUUCAGCAAAUGCCACAACAGGAGAUGAUCAGCUUGUGCGGAACCAGCCCACACUUUUCAUAUCGACAAAUCCUGGAGUAUCUACUACUGCUAGGAAUAUGUCUGGUCAAGUAAGCAUGGGUCCUGCAUUUAUUCAUCACCAUCCACCCAAGAGUCGAGCAGUGGGCAACAGCACCACUGCAACCUCUCCUCGAGUGGUUGUUACGCAGCCUAACACAAAAUAUACUUUUAAAAUUACAGUUUCUCCAAAUAAGCCCCCUGCAGUUUCCCCAGGGGUAGUGUCCCCAACUUUUGAACCUACAAACCUUCUAAACCUUCCUGAUCACUAUGUUGAACCAGAGGGUAUCCAGCAUCUUACUGACCCUGUUUUAGCACAUGUGGAUAGGAUCAGUGAUGCACGGAAAUUGAGUAUGGGAUCUGAUGAUGCUGCCUACACGCAAGCUUUACUGGUACACCAGAAGGCCAGGAUGGAGCGACUUCAACGAGAACUUGAGGUUCAAAAGAAAAAGUUGGAUAAACUAAAAUCAGAGGUCAAUGAAAUGGAGAAUAAUCUAACACGAAGGCGCCUGAAAAGAUCGAAUUCUGUUUCCCAAAUUCCAUCACUGGAAGAAAUGCAACAGUUAAGAAGUUGUAACAGACAGCUGCAGAUAGACAUAGAUUGCCUAACCAAAGAGAUUGAUCUUUUUCAAGCAAGAGGACCACAUUUUAAUCCCAGCGCUAUUCAUAAUUUUUACGAUAAUAUUGGAUUUCUUGGUCCCGUGCCACCAAAACCCAAAGAUCAGAGGUCCAUUGUGAAAACACCAAAGACUGUUCCAGACACAGAUGAAGAUGAGGGAGCUCAGUGGAGUUGUACCGCCUGUACUUUUUUAAAUCAUCCGGCCUUAAAUCGCUGUGAACAGUGUGAAAUGCCCAGGCAUUUCUGAGCCAACAGGCCCAUUACCUUCCGUAAAACAAUAGCAAACGUACAAGGAAUUGUCCAGUCAUUGGGGGGCAAAAAAAGCAUUUAUGCAUAGGAUUUUGUAAAAUGGAAGGUGUGAUGAGAUGGUAUUUUGCUAAUGUUAAAUGUCAGCCCACAGAGCAAGCAAUACCUCAGAGUUGUGUCGCAGGCAGUUGACACUGAUCAGCUGAAGGGCAAUCUGCUGAGAGACUCGCCAGCUGCCUAAACCAUGUACAGUAUUACCAGUAACACACACCGUGUUCAGUGCCUGGGUGUUGCCCAUCCUCUUCUCUGCCCCGAUGUCACUACUGAAUUUUGACAGGGGAAAGGAAUAGAGUGCUAGUGUUUUUGUUUUCAGAGCUUUCAGUGAAACACUACAUGCACAGAGGAGAUCUUAAAAGGAUCAAGGUUUAAAUAUUUAAACUGUUUGCUGCCACAUAGUGCCUUUGAUAAAGGGAAGAACUUCACAAAUCAGUGGUACUCUUUGCCUUGUCUUCCCUGAAAACAUCUCUGUGAAGCCAGAAAUCAGUACAAUCACAUCUAAAGAUGAAAAGGAAAAACUGCAUGCGUUGUCUGUACAAUACACACAGUGAAAUACCCCAAAGCUUUUCCUACUGUACAUAGCUCUAGAGCCUGCUUUAAGUGAUUUCUUUUCUUCACCUUUAUUAUUUUCUUGUACUUCUGUAUGUAUAGUGUAAUAGUCUUUUUGUUAAUUUUCUUUUUUCCCUUUAGGUGAUUAAGCACGAUCAUGUCCCUUUUUUUAAGCUUUUAUCUGAGAGAAGCAAUGCCUUAAAAUAAGAGCAUUAAUAAGAAACUAUGCACAAAAUAGCUUUCCUCUGCUCGUUCUGUACAUUGCUCUUGUAAAUGCUGAUGAUCUGUGAAGACCUGCAGAUGCAGCGUGGUAAAAGUGCAGGAAAAGUUGCAAGAGUUAUGCAUAUAGUUCACUCUGUACACUGAGUUUUACGGUGGGUGACACAAAGGGAGCAUUUUGUCUAGUGUGAGGAAACUUUAUACUAGGAAACUUUCAACCCACCAACAGAUCAGCAUCCGAGUUAAGCUUGCUUCAUCUGCUGGGUAUCUUGCAGAUUCCUGAAGAGAGAUUCAUUGGGGAAGUACAUACAGUGCCAAAAUCAACAGCAGCAGCAUCGUACAGCUUUGUUCAAGGACUUUAAAUGCUUUCCUGUUUUGGCAGCCAGUUUCUAAACCUGACUUUGUGGUGAAGUCUCAUAUUUAUAGAAAACAAGGAUAGCAAUAUUUAGGACAACUGAAAUAAAGGCUGGAAAAGAGAAAUCAAACAGACUUGAACACUGAAGCAACCUCAAGCAUCUCUUUUAUUUUGAUGAUCUAUUUUUUUAAGGAAAAUACUCACAUUAUCGGGGAUGUAUGUAACCGAGAUCAAGAAAAUGGAAUUCCAGUACAAUAUGCAUGAAAGACGGCACACAAAGAAUUAUGUAGCAGCAGCACUUAGCGUGAGGCUGGAGGGAGUGCUAACAAUGUAGCAAGAGACAAAGUAGACUGUCACCCACUGUAAACAUCCGCCAGUGGACACUUUUAUUAGGAGUUUUACAAGUGAUCUAUGUGAAUGCACAGAGGCCUUUGUUUUGAAGGCUUUGCAUUUUUUUUAUGUGGGAAGAAAAUGUCAAUCCCAGGUAAUUAGGCAGUAGACCCAAAGCACUUGCAUUCAAUGCAUUUUGUUUAUAAAAUGAGGCCUUGUUUUUCAGCUUCAUCUGCAGUUCUAUGUGAAGAUUGACAAAUCAGUUUUUACCUGUUUAUUAAUAAAACCUAAUUUGGAUAUCUUGAGUUGAUGGUUUUGUGAUUUAGCUGGGUAAACUGCCUUUGUAACAGAUAAGUUAUUUAUAAAAAUUAAAAAAAAAUUAUAUUCUAAUGUUUUCUUUCGUUAUUUGUUUGCUUUUUCCAUGCUGUGGAGCAACAGAAUACUCAACAGAACAGUAAGCAUUAACAGUAUUAAAAGUAGGCUGAUUUCUAAUGACCAGAGUUUUUAUUUAAGCCUUUGUUUUGUUGAACCUUGUCUCUCCUCCCAUGCGUUACUCUGUUUAAUUCCAAUUCAGUGAGCAUAAGGAAUGUAUUUCAUAAAGUUGCACUGACAAGAUUGUUUUCUGACCAAAAACCCACUCGCUCUUAAAGCAGUAAGCUAGACACAGGCCCUUUUUACUUCAUGCUUCUGGGGUUUAUGAUUUUAAAAACAUUUUUCUAAAUCAAAAUGGGCAACCAUUCUGUGGUAACAGAUGCCAAACUUACGUUGAUAUAAACACAGUUUAAGGAUGAGCAUGGUUAAACUGUAUCCUGGUGCUAUGGAUAUAAGUGCUGUGAGAUGUGGAGUGUUCCUAGACGUGUUUCCCACAUGGACCCUGUCUAAGCAGAUAUUUGUUAUGUGGAGUUGGGCUUUCCUGAGACAUGCUGAUGCUGUGUAAAAAGCCUUCAGGAGACAUCUGUAAACAGAUUUAGCAUAAAAAAACCCCUACAGAUCCAGGAAAAGGAACGCAUAUUAUUCAACUAGAGUGCCUUAAUCUGCAAUAUGAGAAAUAGUGAUUGGAGUGAGGGCUGCUGUAUUUAUAAAGCAAACAAUAAACUCCAGUCAGCUGAGGGGUGGAAAGACCGUAUUUGGAGAAAUAGGUGAGAUGGAAUCCUACUCAUUCCAUGAAAUGCGUAAUUGAUCUUCUCCCUGCAUUUGAGUGUUUACUUUAUGAAGAGAAAAAAAUACUUACAUCCUUGCUCCAGCUAGCUGUGCACAACAUGAGCAUAUAUUGGACAGCCUGUUCAGUAGCUGAUGCUGGAAUAGUGGGGUAAGAGAAAUUAUGUCUCCAGUGUCUUCCACAGACUUUUACCUUCCCUUUCAAGAGUUUUAUGUUCUUUAUGUACCUCAGGUCACAUAUGUCAUCAGCCCCUCCUUCAAGGUGAUGCCAAUAUAGUGCAAUAUCAAUGUAGUAUGUUUUUAAGGAUUUAAGUUUGAAGGAUAAACUAGAACUAGAUUUCACUGCUGGAUUUUUUUUCCUCGUAGAACAUAAAAAAAGAAACGUUUGAAGCAAGGUUAAACUUUGUACUGGGAACAUCAGUAGUUUAUCUUGGAUGCUGAUUUAUUUUACUUUUCUACUGUCUUUGUCAGGGGUCUCUGUAACAGGAAAAAAAAGUACUUACGGGCAGGAAGGGAGUACCCUCCUUGGCUUUCAGAGGCACUCCUGUUUAUUUUUUGUGAAUGCUUAAGAUUAUCACUUGGUCCAGUUUCAGAAUUGGGAUAACUUUAGAAAUGUAGCAAGGAAACUGAGACAAAGCUGGUACUGGGCUGAUGUGUGACAUCAGCUUUGUGGAACUGACUUCAGUUCACCUUGCUGCUUUAUGGAUACAUUAGAAAAACAUUUGUCUUGUGCAGUCUCCAAUCAAUAGUUAUUUUGCUGUCCAGGAGUGUGGUCAGGUGUGGCACCCGUAAAAUUCAGAUUAAUUGUGAGAUUCAGUAUCUUCAGUCUCAAGCUAAUGAUAGACUGGCUUUAAAACUGCGGGGUUGGUAUUUGUGCCUGUGUAUUUGCUUUUAUUUAUGUGGAUUUCAUCAGUUUUUGUGAUCUUGAAAUGUCUACCUUCAGUGUAUUUUAUAGUUGAGUAGGAGGAAAAUUAUCCUUAUCAGUACUGUAUUUCUUCGGUCAAAUUCCUCUAACUUGACUAUACAUUGCAGCCUGGACACAAAUUAAAGGAGGACUUGAUUAAAGAUGUAGAAGAAAUAUUUUAAAACAAAUUAAAAAGCCAUCUAUUGAAAUCUACUGAGUAUUCACUGUUUUCAAUACUACGUUGGUAUUCUGAAAUGGGAGUAUUGCUACAAAGCAGUGGCAGAAACUUUUCAGUACAGUUAACAGAAUAUGCAGUGCAGCUUGUGAAUGCACAGCAACUGUUACUAAUGUUUAAUUCUAACUUUAGCAAGAAAAUGCUCUGAUAUUUUAUUUAUCUCAUAUUUGUUAAAAAUGCCCUGAUAAGUUGAACAGAAUACAAAUUAACUUUAUACUUCUGAUUACUUUCAUCGGCACAGAGUGGAGUAUUUACAGUACAUUCCUUUUCCAAGCAUGACUGCUUGAAUAGCUCUUUUAUUGCUAAUUUUGAGGAACAAUCUUUGAUUUUAUGUAGUCCAAAAUGCCUUGUGAGGUUUAUAUUUUGUGUAAACUAAAAAUUACUGAGAGAGAACAGGAAGACUUAGUAUGAAAUGUUUGAGGGCUUCAGGCUCACAAGCUUAAAUCCUAUAUGAACAAUUGGGAGUGAUGAUGAACAUUGAAAAUUAUGUGAUCAGACUCAAUUUUGAUUUUUUGAUACAUUUCUUUGGUUUUAAUUUGUUUUUUUUUCUAUGAGCAGUUCUGUAUGGAUGGCAUCUACAGUAGAACUUCUCAAAUACCCACCUUCAGAGGCAGCACUGGGCAGAACUCUCAGAAAUUCUUGCUUCAGUCAAGACUUCAGACAUGUCAUUUCCCAGCAGUGCAUAUAAUUAUGCUUUCAUCAUAAAUGCAAAUAUUUUUAAUAUUUAACCAAAAUAUAAUGAUCUUCAGUCAGUGCAGUGCUGCUGCAGGCAUGAGAUUAGCUGAUUAUUUUUCCCAGUGUCCCAUUCUCUUCAUUCAUUUCAUUUGCAGAUACCCAUGUGUACUUAGAGAGGACUUUGAGCCAAAAUGAUUGAUUAUGUACAUGGGUUCAAAGUGCCUAUUAUUUGCAAGUUCAUUUAAAAUAAUAAAACUCAUUGUAUUGCGAGUGAGUGCAGCUUGCAAAGGCAAAAAGUAAGCAUCUCAAUUCGGGUACUACUCAAGCAAUUUGAAAUCGCUGUAUAAACCAGUUCUGCUUUUUAAGGGGUGCAUUGUGUUACAGCUUUGAAUUCUGUGACUGCUUUUUUCCACACCCUUUACAAGAGUGCGGUGCCUAAACAAUUUUGGUGUAGCUGAUGUGGUAACAAAUGGAGAUGCUGCAUAUUAAGCAUUUUAAUGUGCUUUUGUCUUAGUAGAUAUCAACAGACCUUAUCGGCCUGUGACUGAUAAACUUUGCCUAAGUUCAGGUUCCUGUUGCAAGUGAUUGAAGAUCCAAGGCUGAGGAAUGCGGUGUUGGAGACAUCAAGGAAAUGGACUAACGAAUGCUCUGCCCUUUGUUCUCCAUAUACAGAUGCAGGUGGUGUUGCUUUCCUUGCACCCUGAUGUAACAUGCAACUAAAAUGUAGCGAACAGAAGGCCUCAGAGCUGCACAGGGUGUUGGAGUCAGGAACUUGGGAAAUUACAAGAGAGAAAUGCAGGUGUAACCGCUGUGCAUCUGCUGACGUGACAGCCACGUCUCCAUUGUGUGCUGCGGUCUUGCGCUUGCCACAUUUCAUUGUGUGCCAAGGAAAAGUUCACAAGGUUUUCCUGAGGAAAGGACAGUGGGAAGCAAGUCCCUGGAGUUCCUCAUCUGGCUGGUACACAGCUGCUUACCCACAACAGAGAGGAGGUGCCUGCAUGUGAAAGAGGUUAUUCAGCCUCCAUGGUUUUGGAGGUUGGACACUGAUUCCUUAAAAGAGAUGCUUGGUACUCUCAGAAGAGUAGCCCGUGCAUGACUAAUUCUGAAUUAGCUUUGUACCAUCGUACUGCAACAAUAAAUCCAUAAAAGUGGUGAUUCCUAAUUCAGGUGGUAAAUCUAGAAGUGAGCUCAGAACAGGUUAAGGAAUAUUGUUAGCUUUUCUCAGGUGGCAGGAAACAUGUUUCAGAUGAGAGAAUGAAUGCAUGUUUGUAAUAAAAACUUGAUUGCAAAAGUUAUUGUCCCAAAAACUUUAAAUAAAGAAUUUGUUUUAUAGCGGUUUUAUGUUGAUCUAAGGUUAUAAGCAAAGCAGUGUUUGCAUGUACAUAAUGUCUCUUACCAGCUGAUAUAAAAAAUAUUUAACUUACAAUCUCCUUAUUCAUGGUAGCAGCUCUGUACUUCAUAGUUAGCUGUAAAUGGUAAGUUGGGAGCCCUUUUUUGAUUGUUAUUUUGGUGGUUUAAUUUUCUUUUAAUAUUUGGUAUUUCACGGGUUGUAUGCUGUAUAGAACAAAAUUGGAUGGAUGGAUUUAAUGUUUUUACAGAGUCUUUUGGCAGCUUUGCUCUUGUUUGUACUUGCUUUGUGUCUUACUAUAUUGUCAUGGAGAGCUACUGUCAAUCUGUCUGGGGUGCUGCUGUUUGGAAGGAGGACGUGUUUGGGUGCAUUGUGCCCCAUCCCACUACUCUGGGACUGGUGCCUGUGGACAGUAGUGAAAAAGUGUGAAAUACCACUUACUGCCUUAAAAGGCAUUUGCCCAAAGGCAUUGGAGAAUCACUGAAUGGUUUGGGUUGGAAGGGACCUUAAAGGUCAUCUAAUUCCAGCCCCCCUGCCAUGGGUGGGGACAACUUCCACUAGACCAGGAUGCUCAAAGCCCCAUCCAGCCUGGCCCUUGGUUUGUCCAUCUCAGCAAUAUUUCUGUGUCACUGGCUCAGUUUCUAAAAGAUGCUCUGUUCUUGUGCCAUGGCAGUGUGCAGAAUGCGACCCCAGGAUUUUGCUCUUCCCUGUGCCUUCAUCUCUUCCUCUGUCUUUUCCAGUUUUUCUUUUCUCCAUCUCUAAUUAGAGACUUGAACAACCACUCAGGCCAAGUUUCCUGUGUUUUGUUGCAACUAUCUUGCUACAGUGAAAAUUUGGAUUAAAAUUGGGAUGUAUUUUUUGGUUUUUUUCAUGAGCCUUUUUCUUCCCUCUGUGUUUUGGGGACAGAAAUAGAAUUUAAAUAUAACCUGAGGAAAGAAUAUACUGUCUUCUGUCAGAUACCUGAUACAAUUAUGAAAAGCUUGUCAUGAGGCAUAUUUUCUGCUAGCAAGAAUCACUUUUUGGUCGCCAAUGUCUAUAGUUUGGGGUCAUAGAGAGGAUGUUGGAUGCUGUCAUCAGACACCCAGCUUGAAAUUUGAUGGCUUGUGGUUUGAUGCCCCGUCACAGAUUUGUUUGGUGGCUUGGAGAAAGUUGUGCAGGUCCUUGUCUAUCUGAUCCACAGCAGCAGUCUGGCCUCUUGCUGUGUUUCUUGUGCAAUUCCCCUGCAACUGAGAAAGUAUUUGGAGGUGCAUACAUCUUUUCAUGUCUACUAUGCAUGUUCCUGAAUGUUAAGGUUUUGAAGAGGUGGGGUUGUUCAGCAGAAAAUCUUACUGUGUCACUGCAGCUAAGCUGCUGCUGGGCUUGAGGCAGGGAGGGGAAAGGCAGUGUGAUGCUUGGCUUUGGAAACUUCAUAAUCCUUGGCACAGCUGCCCUGUACAUGAGAAAGUAAGUGUCUUGAUGGUGUUUUUUGAGCUGAAGAACAUGACAAAAGCCUUUCUCUUUAAUAAUGGUUAGUAAUGUGGGGAUUUUUUCUGCCGAGCACGAUACUUUUAAAUUAAAUGGCUUAGACUUUUUGAAGCCCUAAGGAAACUGUUAUAAAUAAAAUAUGUAAUUCGUGCUAUUAUAUAUAAAACUGAAAUGUAAUUAGACCCUACAGAGACCGAGUUUCUAAAUCCCUGCACCAGCCUGGCUGAGAGAAAAAUUUCACAACACUAAAAGUAUUUCGUUCACAAUAAGUGAGGAUUCCACCUAGGUGGGGUUGGAUCUUAUCACCGGGAUAUUUGCACCAUGACGACUUGAUCACCACACUCUGAUAUCUACAUCGCAUCUGAUAAGGAAUCGGACAUUCCAGGAACUAAAAAUAACUGUUCCAGGAACCAGAGAUGGCCCAUCCAUCAGCAGAAAUGGCCCACUCAUCACCCAGGAUGGACAAUUCAUCAGACCCAGGAAAGGCUUUGUGCGGCCCAACUCCAGGACAAGAAAGCUUCAUGAAUAUGAGAAGAAUAGAAUUAAUCUGGACUCUACCCAAAAACUGUAUAAGAAGGGAUCAGCCAAAGCAGCAGUCAUGAACUUGGGAGGUCUCUUGCGAUAGCGAUCAGAUCUAUGCGUGUUCACCCAGCUCCGACCCCGGGCUCGGUGCUGCUUUUCUCAAUCGUGGCGUUUGAAACCGAUAUUUCGGUCGCAUAAUAAAUGUCAUUUCUUUA